AUGCCGCGCUUCCAAAUCACCCCCUGGCGCCAUCACGCCGAGCUGCUCGCCCUCCGCGCCCGCCUGUACCAUGCCGGCCCCGAGGAGCGCCAGAACGCCGUCUUCCUGAUCUCCGCGUGGAAGAGACGAGCGCCGUUGCCGCAUGCUCUUGACUCGACCGCCCAGCUUGUCGAUGCCACGCUCCACGACGAUCCCCAACGCGCCUCGGUGCUGGCCAUCCGCAAUGCCUACUGCGCCGCCUUCAACCGGUUCGUCACCGGCUUCUGCGACACGGUGCAGAACAGCUUCAAGAAGAUGUCCAUGUACGACAUGGCCGCGGAGCUGGACAUGCCCAGCAGCUUCGUCGAGUUGCGCCAUGAGGCCACGCACGAGGACCUGCCCUCGCUGCGCAGGCUGCAAAUGGCCACCGAGCAGGCGCUGCAGUGGCUGUGGCACCAUUACUGGGCAAAGCUCGAUGCUUCUCUGCCGGCGCCGCCGCCGGAGAACCGGGACCAGGUCGCGGGCCCUGAGACUCGCGCCAGCCUGCACCGCAUCCUCAGAAGCUUCGUCAGUGGGAGGCGAGAGGAAAUCAAAAGAGACGGCCCGAAAUCGGGCGUAGAGGCCCGCUCGAGUGGAAGAGCCAUCGAGCAGAUUGUUGCACUAGGGGCCGCGAAGAGACCAGGACUGCUCCGUGAUGAGGUAAUCUCGCUUCUCCUUGCUGGUCGGAUGAUUGUGCCUUCAGAUGCCAGGGUUGGCGACUCCCUGGACGGUGCGCACCUAAUCUGGGACAGUCUGCUGUGUCGGCUGAACUCCGACUUGCAAUAUGUUGAGACUUUAGUCGAGCACAUGUUCCGGUACAUGCUUCAGCCAUCCAAGGCUGAUGUCAAGUCCGAUGCAUUCAAGGCGGCCAUGUACAACUGGAUCCUCCAUGUCUUGACUAGCGAGGCGUGGUCAUCGUCUUGCUCAUACGACGUGCGCCAGCGUUUGUGGGCGACCACCAUGACCGCGUGCAUGACCCAGCCGAGCUACUGGUCGAAGAAGCUCGCGAAGGAGUUGCUUUUGGAAGGAGACGAUGACUUCCAGGACGAGUGGCUACCGAUUCUCGAGGCUAGCCUCCCCGAAGCUCAAUCCGAGAGUGAGGGGAUGUCAAGCGAGCCCCCUGGUAAAAACGAAGCCGUGCCUGAGUCCCAAUCAGAUGAAGAGAUGCGCGAUGCCAUCCACGUCUAG